AUCCGAAGGCGGAGUGCCAGAGGGGAGAGUCUAUAUAUUCAUGUGGACCCUGGGAGGCUGGUGCUUCAAGGCACAUUUGGACUAUGUUGGAACACUAGAGAGCACCUCUGUACACGUCACCAGACUAACGUGAUUCACAACAUCUAUUCCAAGUUUGAGAGGAAACCAGCACUGACACAUAGAUAUUUUUGGUAUAGAAAAACUUGAAGGAUGGCCGAGCAGCUACAAAAGCUUGUUGCACAGAAGAAGGAUGUUGUCGAGACUGUCAUGGAAGUGUUUGAGCAGGGCGCAGAAGUGGUGGCCAGCAUUGCUGGAGAUUUGUUCCCUGUUUUCUCGAUCGCAGCUCCUAUUGUGAAGCUGGUGUUGGAUAACGUGGAAAGUAAAGAGGCUGUGUACAUGAAGGACCAAUUCCAGAAGGUACGAGAUCACCUGGAAGUCGUCUCUGAGGAGAUCCAACAGAUUAAUGAAGAGAUCAAGAAAAGUGGGGUAGAUGCCACCUAUUUCUCCGUAGAGGAGAACAUGACCAACCAGUUCCGCAAAUUUAUGGAUGUCCUUAAUGCGAAGCCUAAAUUCAGAGAAGUCAGGAAGAAUGACUUUCUGAAGCACUUCGCUAGGGCUGACGGUGACAAAAACUUGCACGUUCUGUAUAAUGCCGUAACGGGAGAUAACUUUUCUGGAGAGUCUGUGCUGGUGAUCAUUCUGAAUUAUGAGCAGAAAAGCCGCAGGGUGGUUGAGGACUUCUGCGCUAGACUGAAGAAACUGUUUUGCAUUGGUUUGAUCGCCUUUCUUGGUUACACAACACUGAAAGGCGAUGAUGACGAGAAGGUGCUUCAAGUGUGGAGUGAAAACAUGAAAGUAGUCCAGGCUAAAAUGAACGUCGUUAUUGAAGACUGCAUCAACAGCUUCCCGACACAGGCCGAGCUGGAUUCGAAACGUAUCGUUAGAGACCACAGUGACAAGAGCAACCAGCAACUUGCUGACAUGAUAGUGGAACACCUGAAAAAGAAGUACGACUGGGUGUGCUGGGCAGUCCGCAUCUUUAACUCGCCCACUGGCCUGUUCACCAGCAAGAAAGACUUCCAGUGUUUGGUUGGAAAGAGUCGGUUUCAGGUGCAGGCGUCGGAUGAGAAGCUAAAUGUUGUGAUCUCCUACAGCUCCUCACCUGAACCCAUAGAUAAAGCCCGGAUACAGAGCCUGAUCUUGGAACAGAAGAAUCCCAAGGUGAUAGCAGUGGCGGAGCAGCUUUUUGAGACAAUUCCACUCUGCGUGGUCCACACAGUCAAGACCUCAUGCAAAGACAUGGGCUUCUCCUGUAGCUUUUCUGACGAGCUGCACUUCUUUGAAGAGUUUAAGGACUUCUAUGUCUUUCUGCAUUCUGCUUAAAGUAUGCAGGCAGGGAAAUAGUGUUCACGACAUAUUUGAUCAAACAUAUGGACCAUAAUAAUUACACAAUUUUUACAGGGCUGAAAGAUAUUUUAAUUAAAAUUGUAAUGACUAAUAUACUUCAUUCUAUUUUACAUUUUUAUGUAGUACUUUUAAUUUGUGCUUGUUUUCUAAAGCUGUAACUGAACACUUUUAAUAUAUCAAAUUUGUGCUUUGUUCUCCCUUAUUAAUGUCAUGAUAUCUAUUGUGUGAUAGAUAAUUUUUGUAGCUGGGAUGGUAAUACAAAAGUUUGAAUUCAGAUAGAGGUGGUCUCAGACUACUAUUGGACGCAAAACUUCACAAAGCUUCAAUAAGGCUAUCUAACCACAAUGCAACUUCUUGGAAUCGGGGUUCGGGGAAGAAAUAAACACUAGUAGAGUUUUACUUGACACAUUUAUUAGCAUGUAAUCAAUGUAUUGAUUAGAAGAAUUGUCGCUUUGAGUUAUGCCUGUGAAAUCUGUUUACAAAGUCUAUAUACAUUUAAUGCUAAUUUGUUUAAUGUUUUCUAUACAGUCACUUAUGCAGGAUACUGCUCCAUAUUUCAGAGUUUUUUUCUGCACUCAUCUAUUAUUGUGGUCAAAUGUCUUUUACCUCUUUUAAAUGGCAUGUACGAACAAACCGAACUGUGGUUGGGUUGCUUUACAUGCAGUCAGAAGGUCUCUUCAUGUCUAAGUGGGCGGUUUUGUCCAGAACAAGCUGGCUUCUUGAGACUAAUGUAGAUGGAAUUUCCCUGCAAUUAAUGUUUUUUAAGAUUUAGAAGAAGAAAAAAACAGCUUUGUACGUAGACAAUAGACUGACUGAGCACACAUUUGGACCCACACUGUGUUGUUCCAAAAUUGUUAAAUAUAUUUAUGUUUGAACAUCAUAUAAUAAUUUGCCCUUCCGAAUGUCUUUGCAGAUUGAAUAUAUAUUAAAAUCAACAUUAGAUCAAAAUGGACCCUGUUUACUUUCUUAAUGCAACGAUCCUGGUCUUGUUGAGUACCAAUAAUUAUUAUUUUUUUGCACAUUAAAAACUACAUAAUGUAAUAUUUAUCAAAAUGUAAUCAAUUGAUCCACUUCUAAAAUGCCUUUGCUUUACAGUUGAUGACAGUUGAACUGAGAGGAGAGUUUGGAUUAAUGUACAGAUUUUGCUGUUCUGGAAAGAAAGUGGCAUUCAACUGAUCACAAUGUAUAGUCAGGAUAUUAAUAAUGUGAAAAAUUACUAUUACAAUUCAGAACUUCUUAAACUACUUCAAAGAAUUCUCAUCAAACAAUCCUCCAUGUGCAGCAAUGACAACUUUACAGAUCCUUGGCAGUCUAGCUGUCAGUUUGUCCAGAUACUCAGGUGACAUGUCACCCCACACUUCCUGUAGCACUUGCCAUAGAUGUGUCUUGUCGGCCACUUCUCAUGCACCUUACAGUCUAACUGAUCCCACAAAAGCUCAAUGGGAUUAAGAUCCAUAACACUCUUUUCCAAUUAUCUGUUGUCCAAUGUCUGUGUUUCUUUGCCCUCUCUAAACAUUUUCUUUGUUUUUCUGUUUCAAAAGUGGAUUUUUCUUUGCAAUUCUUCCCAUAAGGCCUGCACCCCUGAGUCUUCUCUUUACUGUUGUACAUGAAACUGGUGCUGAGCGGGUAGAAUUCAAUGAAGCUGUCAGCGGAGGACAUGUGAGGCCUCUAUUUCUCAAACUAGAGACUCUGAUGUACUUAUCCUCUUGUUUAGUUGUACAUCUGGUCUUCCACAUCUCUUUCUGUUCUUUAUCUUUGAAGACUGUAGUGUACACCUUUGUAUAAAAUCUUCAGUUUUUGACAAUUUCAAGCAUUGUAUAGCCUUCAUUCCUCAAAACAAUGAUUGACUGACAAGUUUCUAGAGAAAGCCGUUUCGUUUUGCCAUUUUUUAUUUAAUAUUGACUAAGACAUGCCAGUCUAUUGCAUACUGUGGUAACUCAAAAACAAACACAAAGACAAUGAUAAGCUUCAUUUAACAAAUUAAAUAUCUUUCAACUGUGUUUGAUAUAAUGGCAAGUGAUUUUUCUAGUACCAAAUUUGCAAUUUAGCAUGAUUAAUCAAUGAUAAGGUGUUGGGAGUGAUGGCUGCUAGAAAAUGGGCCCAUCUAGAUUUGAUCAAAAUGAUUUAUUUCAAAUAGUGAUGGUGCUGUUCUUUACAUCAGUAAUGUCCUGACUAUACAUUGUGAUCAGUUGAAUGCCACUUUGGUGAAUUAAUAUACCAAUUUCCUUCAGAAAAAGCAGAAUCUGUACAUUAUUACAAACAUUUGGCCACCAGUGUUUUUGACAAUCCAAUAAAUUCCUGGUAGAAAUAAAUCAAGUUCCACCCUUGAAUAUGUUGCUGAAUUUCAUUUCAUGUUGAGUUGAAUGUUUGCAACAAAACAAAUUCUAU